AUGGACGUUAUAGACUUCCAGUGGGAACAUUUGUUGGAAUCUUCACCGGAGAGGUCAUUACCGACAGUGACUGUAAAGGACGCACCAUCAUGUACAAAAAUUUCCGGCAUGGCUACAUCGUCGACCUCGAUUUCCAUUGCAACAGGUAUUCUGGCAUUCAGUAUUGUGUCGACAGCACCAGGAUCAGGAAUUUCACUCGUUUCAUUAAUCAUUCCUGUGAUCCCAAUUGCGCCUUUUUCCCUUGCGUUCUGA